GGUCCGGGUGGUUGUGUCUGUGUUUGGGAUAGCUGAAUCGAAAAGUAAUACAAUUUAACAUUAAUUUCGUCUGCGGAUCGAAACCAUCUGUGGCGAUUCGGCAAUAUGAUGGAGCGUGGCGUGGAAUAAUAAUGACGCAAUGACCGAAGGGUGGGCGAAAAUAAUAACAUAAAUUCAUACCAAUGCGUGGCAAAAUCGCGCAAAUAUAGCGUGCGAGAGCGUGUUGCGCAUUGCGUUUGGAUUAAAAUAAACAAAUCCACCAGUCUAGAACGAAGUGCUGCAUGUUUACUUUCAAACCGAUGGAACGGAAAAUGAAUUAAGAUACGGGCGCGCCACGACGCGUUAAUCACCUAAAACCCUGCGAACCGGAAAGCCUUAUACACUUUCCAUUCCACCCCUGUUCCAGCACCAAACGAUGUGCUCGAUGGAGGAGUGUUUGCGUACGGGGCAUAUGUGUCUCCGUUACAUUCGGCAACUUCGAACCCCUCUACCCGUAACGGGGUUGUAGAUGGUGAUGAUGAGAGCUUUUGUGCCCCGGCCCGUACGUUAAAUCUAUCAGUAGCCGGCAAACGCCUCUCGCACACGGUGCUCGGUGCUGUUGUGCUGUUUCAUUGUGUGUGUGUGUGGCUGAGACGAAACCCGCAAUUAGGGAGAGUUCAAUCGAUCUCCGCAUCAGUUUCGGCGGUCCAGUGUCCCGGUCGGACAGAGCACGAUCGAGCUCCGUUUUGCGUUGGAAAGCAGCAGAGACACAGGAGGGAACGAUGUUAGAUUUUGACGUAAUGCCGGUUGCGAUCGGCGUGGUGGUCGUAGUGGUCGGUGCCGCCAUCGCCAACUACCUGCUGAACGGCAAGAAGGGCAAAUCGUCCUCCUCCUCCGCCUCCGCCAAGGGCAGCGCUGGGAAGGAACCGAAAACGCUGCUCGAUCCGCAGGAGAAGUAUAUGCUGCCACUGAUCGAGAAGGAGGAAAUUUCGCACGAUACGCGCCGGUUCCGGUUUGGGCUGCCGAGCGAAAAGCACAUCCUCGGACUGCCGAUCGGUCAGCACAUUCAUCUGUCCGCCACCAUCAACGACGAGCUGGUGAUUCGUGCGUACACGCCGGUUUCGUGCGAUGACGACCACGGGUACGUCGAUCUGGUGGUGAAGGUGUACAAGAAGAACGUCCACCCGAAGUUCCCGGACGGUGGCAAGAUGUCCCAGUAUCUGGAGGGCAUGAGCAUCGGCGACAAGAUUGCGUUCCGCGGUCCGUCCGGGCGGCUGCAGUACCUGGGCAAUGGGCGGUUCUCGAUCAAGAAGCUGCGCAAGGAUCCGGCCCAAAUCUACGAAGCGACGCAAGUGGGCCUCAUUGCGGGUGGAACUGGAAUCACUCCCAUGCUUCAGCUGAUCCGUGAAGUACUGAAACAUUCCGACAAGGACAAGACCAAGCUAUCGCUCAUUUUUGCCAAUCAGACCGAAGACGACAUCCUGCUGAAGCCCGAGCUGGACGAUUUGGCUGCCCGCUAUCCCGACCAAUUCAAGCUGUGGUACACGCUCGAUCGACCGAAGCCCGAAUGGACCCAGGGCAAGGGUUUCGUGACGGACGAGAUGAUCAAGGAGCGACUGUUCGAGCCCUCGUCAAACUCGCUCGUGCUAAUGUGCGGUCCACCUCCGAUGGUGAACUAUGCCUGCAUUCCAGCACUGGAAAAGCUGGGCUAUCCGACGGAGCGCACCUUUGCCUAUUAAGCACACAUCAGCCUCAUCCUGCUGUCCGUACGUACGCGUCGUCGUUCCUUCUCGUAUGCACCUCAUGUCAGUCGUAAAGGUGGUUUCAAGCGAGACAAUAGAAUACACUUACUUAGGGAGAUGUUACUAAAACAAAAAUCACGAGGAAUGACUCAUGUGUGUUUAGAUGUCAUUAGGUACAUGUAAUGUUCUAUUGUUUCUGUCCCUCAUGUGUGAUCUAGAAGAUCAGAGAAGUAGGGAAAUUUGAAGAAAAAGACUUAAGGUCGUGUAUUAGAGCGGUUCCUUCUGAAGGAACACCAGCUUACACGUAGAGUAUAGAACCGGAGAAUGAAAAGAUCAAGUUAGUAGCACAACUCCCAGACAAACACAAACACAUAGUCAUCACCUUUAGGCCGUUUUGCCUCUCCCAUUCCGGGGGUUUUAAGCACAGCGUCCCCGUUAACUAUCGCAGCCUUUCCCGAACCAAUUAAGAUAUUAGCGGCUCUAACCGUUGCUUGUUGUGAGAGAUGUUUUUGGAUUUAAAUGGAGCUUUACAUAUAUGUGUGGCACAAUAUGGGGGAAAAUUGUGUAGUAACUUACUGGAACCAUUACUGUCGAUAGCUGUCGGUUAAACUGAGACAAAAAUAAAUCGAAAAAUGCUAAUACACCUUAAAA